AUGCGAGCAAUACCGCCGAGCAUGAGCAGUCAGCUAUGAGACAGUCAGUCAGCCGUGGAGCGAGAGAGAUAGACACAAAAUAUCCCUGAACCACUUUACUUGGAAUGAGCAAGCUGUGCUAUUUACUGGUCAGAUAUCGCUGACCUUGCUACGAGUAUUGUGAGUUCACAAGUUUUAAGACCAACGAACAACGUUAUUAGUAAUUUCUCGCCUCGCUCAUCUAGUGCACAGUUCAUGAAUUGUUUUGGCAACUUGGGAAUCUGCAUCAACGGCUUUUUUGCCUCGUUUCUCAGCUGUUUUCUGUGAGCACAUGUGGUAAUGGUAUGAAGGCUUGCAGUGUAGGACUUGCGUGACUCGUGUUAUUUGUUUCUAAAACACUUAGAGGAACCGUGGAUGGAUGACCACUUUCGAAUCUGUUCACUACACAUGGUGCAAAGAAAGUGAAGCCAUUUUCUCUCCGGUGAAUAUGUGCACUUGCUAGUGUCCCGUGGCGUUUAGCUGAUACACAAUAGUGUCGAAAUGGGCCAAAAACUAAGGAAGCUCCGGUUUGGCCGCAGCGAACAAUACUCCGUUGCGGACACCACAGAGCCAACACCUGAACAGCAGCAGAACCAACAGCAGCAGCAGCAGCAACAGCAGCAGCAGCAGCAGCAGCAGCAGGAGCAGCAACAGCAGCAGCAGCAGCAGCAACAGCAGCAGCAGCAGCAACAGGAGGAGGAAAAACAAGAGGAAGAAGUCCAGCAGCCCCAGAAGGUAGAAGAACCGCCACCUCCUCAGCUGGAACAGCAGGAUGCUGAGAAUGCUGCAGCUGCUAAAACAGAAGACGAGGCUUCACCACAACAAGAGGAGGAACAACAGGAGGGCAAGUCGAAGCCCAAGCAUAAGCCAGUGCAGGAAGACGAUGACGACGACCUGCCGAUGCCGUCGCAGGGGCCCCCUAAGGGCCGGACACGGCGUGGCGCCGUCAGUGCUGAGGUCUACACGGAGGAGGACGCGACCACAUACGUGAAGAAGGUAGUGCCCAAGGACGACAAGACGAGGGCUGAUCUAUCCAAAGCUAUAGGAAAGAAUGUUCUAUUCGCGCACAUAGACGAUGACGAAAAGAGUGACAUCUUCGAUGCCAUGUUCCCUGUACACCACAAGGCUGGAGAGGUCGUCAUACAACAGGGUGAUGAAGGAGACAACUUCUAUGUAAUAGAUGAUGGUCAGGUGGAUAUAUAUGUCAACGACAAGCACGUCGUGGCGGUCAGUGAGGGGGGUAGCUUCGGUGAACUAGCCCUCAUCUACGGUACUCCUCGUGCCGCCACUGUGAAGGCAAAGACCGACUUGAAACUGUGGGGCAUCGAUAGGGAUUCCUAUAGACGAAUACUUAUGGGCUCCACAAUUAGGAAGAGGAAAAUGUACGAGGACUUCCUUAAUAAAGUGCCUAUCCUCAGCACCUUAGAUGAGUGGGAGAGGUUGACCGUGUCAGAUUCAUUGGAGCCAUGCUCAUUUGUGUCUGGUGCGAAUAUAGUCGUGCAGGGUGAAAAGGGAGACGACUUUUUCAUCAUUACCGAGGGAGAAGCUAUCGUUUCUCAGAAACGGACAGACUCUGAAGAGUCGUUAGAGGUCGGAAGACUGAAAAUAUCAGAUUACUUUGGUGAGAUUGCCCUGCUGCUGGACAAACCACGAGCCGCCACCGUGCAGGCCUGCGGACCACUCAAGUGCGUCAAGCUGGACCGGGCGAGGUUCGAACGCGUGCUCGGCCCGUGCAGUGAUAUUCUGAAACGCAACAUUGCUUGCUACAACAGCUACAUAAAGCUGGGCAUCUAGCACCGCGUCGCUCCGGCGUAGACUUGCAGCGCGUUGACGUCGUCGCUGCUGCCGUGGUGUUUAUACACUGCGGUGAGUACUGUGGAUGUGUAAGGCCGUUGCGGUAGGGAGUCGGGCGUGGUGGAUCAGCUCAUCUGCACAGACUGUCAUUCUCCGAAGCACUAAUUGGUAUAUGUAAGGCAGAUGCACUGAAACGGAGGUUAAGGCGGAGAACGUCGCAAAAUUAUCGGAAUUCGGGGUGUAAUAGUGGCUGUGUCGAAAAAUCGGAGGCUGUUUAUUACGAAAUCUUGAGGUCACAAGUGCAAUGGAUUUGUACCGCCAUUUUCUCAGGUGGCGUGGCAAUGCAAUGGCUUCAUAGAUGAUGGCUCCCUCUAUGGAGUGUAAUUGCUGAUUGUUGUCGCAGUAGAGGAAUACUUUUCAGCGAUAAACAAAGAUACUGAAUGAGUGUAGACGCAGUAAAAGCAGCGCACAAUAUUGUAGUGUGGCAGAUGUACGCGGGUUGGUGGUGCUAGCUAACAUUGUCAUCACGUAUGCACAAUGCAGCUGAUUUACAUCAUAACAGACAGACAGGAAAUCGUUACAACACAUGCCAUACGUGCGAGUCAACGUCAGCGUAUCGCGGCGGCGGGUCGUCAUCGUAGCUGUUCGGUUGUUUCGUGGGUCUUGUGCAUUUAGGAGACAGACCGGUCAGUGCGUGUGGUUGACACUUGGUGAGACCACUGCACUGAGUGCUAGCUCCGGCAUAGACACAGCCUUAUCUUGGUAGCAACUGGCCCCAGCAAUGGAUCUCAGCAGCGUUACCACGUCAAAUGCUGAAUACGACCGAGAUAAUUAUCAUCAUUUGUGAUGCUGAUUUUGUCGUCGCGGGAAAUCGAAUUUCCCAGCGAGCGUUUUUCGAGAGCACGCGAUCGGUCGGUCGUGCUUUUGUGAAUGUUCACUGUAGAGGCUUUUACACGCGUGUUCGGAGGGUUAGUUGUAACUGAUACACGCUACCAAGGCGUAUUAGGAUAGUGCUGUUCAUGGAUGUAGUGAUAGUGAAAAUUUGUUGAUAUUUUUGCAACUGCAUAAUGUGACAAUUAUUAGCUUUGUAGCGGUAAGAUAACAUGGAGUUCUGUUUAUAUUAUAUAUAUAUAUAUAUAUAUAUAUAUAUAUAUAAUGUGUAUGUAUAAUAUGUACUAGACGUAAAGUAGUUCAAUAGUUUGUUGACCAUGUGCAGGGAAAUGAACGUGAAUGAGCGGUAUGAUGUAGUUUGUUGUGCGCGUCCUCGACUACGAUAGAAUGUUCCACGCUGAGUCGUCGCGCUGACUGUCAAAGCUUCAGUGUAGCUGCAUCAGCAAAGCUCGGGGUAAUAAUCACCAGGUCAUCAGGUCAUCCACGUAACCUGUGUACACGCAGAACGAUAUAGCGAAUCUUGUCUGAGUCGAAAACUAAUCGAAAUCCGAAUUCCGAAUUCGACGGUAAGACAUGCGAUCGGCACAAACGUCGAGUGCCGCCGCGCGGUUAUUCGCAUGAAAUGGCGCGAGGCCGCGUGAGUGCGUUGGCUAGUCGUGAAGUGGUUGCGUAUCGCGAUGGAGUUUGCUUCACUACGACUAUGAGUUUAUCAAAAAAUGCUAUUUGUGAAAACAUAGUUGUUAUCAUGUCGACUGUAGAUCAGACGCUUGCAGGUCUAGAAGCGAAUGCGAGGCAAGUUUUAAAAUGUUAUCAAUCAGGCACUAACGGUAAUUAAUUCGCGGAGUAAAGCUGAGGGGUGCAUGACUUGCUGUUUCGAUGGCCGGUAACAUAUAUAUCUAACAGGUCUGGUUAGGUAGAUAUGUCGCUGCCAUGACAAACACUGUGAUGCAGAAGAUUCCAACACACCCUAGCAGAGCCUGCCACCGGCCGAUAGAUGGUAGCACUGUCUACGUGGUCUCUAAGCCAGCCCAGUGUAACCUGGAAAACUGGGAAAUCACCACGGGAAAGUAAGGAACGCGUGCCUCCUUCGCUUUGUGAAAAGCUAAAUGAAAUCGGCUUAGAUUUUUGCGCCGGUCUUUGUAUUAUUGUGUUUUAAAUAAGUCCUGGAAGGUAAUCUAUAUAAAAAAGGAACCCUAUUGAAGCACUAGUGUGUGUGUGCGCGUGUGUGGGGUAUGCGUGGAUGGGUCUGCGUGUCCAAUAGUUUGCCUAUAGAGUAGCGAACAACGCCGUGUCCCGCGCUAUUUUAAUGAAUUGUUAUAGAUGGUGGAUGUAUUUUUAACAGCACCGAAUCUACGAUGAUAUUUCCGUUUUAAAUAUCGGCGCAUUUUUAAUCGUGUGUGUGUGUAUUUUCCUCGUUUUGUAAUCGCGGACACGCGCAAACAUUUUCUGAUGCAUGAUGUCUUCUGCUCCGCUGGACGUUAAUUUUUACGAGAAACAGUAUUAUAUCGGUUACGUACGUACGGAAUAGAACUGGUGCGGCGUACUCAUCUUCCCUUGUACUGCGCUGUGCCGGCUGGCUUACUUCUGAAACCUAUACCAUCUUUAUUAUGUGCACAGUAUUUUACGACAACUAUCUUCAUCCCGGGUACAUUCGCUGUCGCCCCCUAGCGCUGCGUAGCUUGUAAGCAUACCGCAAAGGUGUUCUUCGAUCCGCAAUCUUUAAUUAUAUACGCUCAGUCGAUGCCCGUCUCAUUUAUACUGGGAAUGGGGUAGCAUCAACAAAAUUGGUGUGUAAUUGCCUGUGUGAAGUGAGUAGGGGUCGGGGUCACGGAAAGAAUAGCAAUUGAAAGAGCAAAUGAGCUGAGAGCGAAGCUGAAAAUGCGUGGUCGAGUGUGCGCAAAGGUGAAGAAGACCAAAGUACAAGUAAAAAAAAUUCCUUUCGGCAAUUCCCGCACGAGGAAGUAACGUUCGCCAACGCUGAAACCUUUCGCCUUGGUAUUACUGUGAUUUCUUAUUCACUGGCAUAAGAAUAUUCCCGUGCCGCGGUGAAUCCAGGCGACGAUCCAGGCUCCUUGCUGAUCUAUCUACCGCGCGACAGGAGGCGUGAUUGCAGCGUUCCGGUUCCGGUUCCGGUUCCGGUUCCGGUCGCUUGCGAAAAGAGGUGUAUUAUUUAAAUUUGUUGUUGGUGAUGAUGAUUUUAAAAACAUAUUCGAUAACAUAAGCUGUCAGCCCUGCUAUUACGAUGUAUCUUUGUAGUAUUUCUAGCAACAGAUAAUAAUAUAUAAAUGAAUGUUUCAAGGUUUCUGUUAAAUAAGUA